AUGGGGGGGGGGGGGGGAACGUACAGAUUCAAGAUAUCCAGCGACGGCACCAUCAGUGAUGAACUCGAAGUUCUUGUUAUCACUUCCCAGAAGGGUCACGCCAUGAUGUUUCCCAAGGGAGGGUGGGAGCUUGAUGAAUCUGUAGAGGAAGCGGCUUCUAGAGAAUCCCUAGAAGAAGCCGGAGUUCUUGGCAGCAUUGAGAGUCAACUGGGGAAAUGGGAUUUCUUGAGCAAAAGCAGAGGCACAUUCUAUGAAGGGCUAAUGUUCCCUCUCCUUGUCAAAGAACAACUUGAUCUCUGGCCCGAACAACACCUUCGUCAGAGAAUUUGGAUGACAGUGGGUGAAGCAAGAGAAGCGUGUAGGGAUUGGUGGAUGAAGGAAGCAUUGGAUGUUUUGGCUGAGAGGCUUUCUUCUCCCAUGAAGCAAGACAAUGAAGAAACAAUCACCAUCUCUAUUUUAUGAUACAUCAUGUCAUGUCAUGUCAUGUCGUGUCAUGUAUAUAUGUAUCCCAUCUGUAUAUAAAAAUCUAGACGUAAUGUAUGGAUUAGAAAGACCGGACCAAACUAGCAAAAGUUUGGUGCAUAGAGAAAAAUGUUAGAUUUUAUAUUAGGAAUGAGCAUAUGAAGACAUGUGAUUUGGUCUUUGUUUUUGUGCUA